AUGAACAUUUUGCGUAGCACUAUCCAGCGCUGCUGGUGGCGCACCGAAUGCCUCCCGCGGGCGUGGGCGAUGGAGAUGCAGGACGUGGAGCUCCCCGCUGACCCUCAGCUCCCGGCUGGCGGCGACAUCGGCCUGGACGAGGAUGUGAACGACGUCGGUAUUUUGAUCGACCGCCUCGGCCUCGGGCCGUCGGCGAUGGCCGCGGCGGAGUUUGUCAGCAUAGAUGACAACCAGCCGGUGUGCGCCGAGCCAAGCGAGGACCCCUUGGCGCUGGAGCCGGCAUCGGCGGACACGGCGCACGUGUGGGAGGCGCUUGCGUCGAUGCAGGCGGUGUACGACGACAACAACUCUGCGACGCGCGAAGCACGUCGCACGGCUCGCGCCGCGUGCGAGAUGCUCAUCGGGUACGCCCGUGCGACGUGCAUCACGCCGAGGGAUUUGUGCGCGCUGUUUGACAUCCGCAACCCCCUGAUCAUCGCGCGGAUGGAGCGCGCGAGCCCGGCGCUCAACCUGAACGCCGCUCCGGCGCCCGUCAUGACGCACGAGGACACCCCGCCAGCAGAGACUCCACGUCGCCGUGGUCGCGUUCUGCCGGCGUGGAUGACGGUGCCGACCCCUGACUGGAUUGCCCAGUCUGCUCGCCGGCAGGAGCUCAUUGACGCUGGGGCGCCCGCCGUGAUGGGCGGCUACAGUAUGUCGCGGCGGCUGAGUGGAUGA